GCGCGCCCUCAUCGAUAAUUAAAUUAUAGGAGUUUGAGAAAGUCGAGACGAAAACAAGGACUUUAAAACGUAUUUUCUUGAUUGUGAACGAAACGACGAGUAAGAUGUCGAUACCUCGACCUGCCGCAAAUCCGGAAGUUGGCUGCGGGGGAUCUACGGGCCUCGGUCCAUCAGGAACGCCAACGGUAGCCGGGACUGGGACGGCGGCGAACCCCAAAAGUACUGACCAGAGCCAGAGACUAUUUUCCUUGAAGAAAUGGAACAUUGUGGCGAUGUGGAGUUGGGAUGUGGAAUGCGAUACUUGUGCAAUUUGCAGGGUUCAAGUCAUGGAUGCCUGUCUAAGAUGUCAAACAGAAAACAAACAAGAAGAGUGUGUCGUUGUGUGGGGCGAGUGCAAUCAUUCCUUCCAUAACUGCUGCAUGUCGCUUUGGGUCAAGCAGAACAACCGCUGCCCUCUAUGUCAGCAGGAGUGGAUGGUUCAACGCAUAGGAAAGUGAGGCAGCCACACCCUUCCAUCUGUUCGAUCAAUACUGCCCUCACAUUGGGGUUUAAGGCAUAUGCCAGCGAUCACCGAACUUGUGACUUGGAUGUUAACUCUUGUAAGGAUGUACAGUGUUCACAGCUCCACUAUGUCUUGCGAUUGUGAUUCUGGACAUUGUGCUUCCAGAGUUCCAGGACAUGUUAAAUUCACCGGGCUUGCUCAGUGUUUGAUCAGAACUGCGGAAUGAUGGACAUAAAAAUGUCCUAAACUUCAGACAAUGAUAAUAACUGAUAUUUGUGUAGCACCUUUCACAAGAUAUAACACAUACACCAUCAGAGGAGGGAGUUUCACAAAAAGUUAUGUGUCGUUUAAAGUCAUACUAUUGUGCCACAGUUACAUAAUAUUUAACGCAUGAUCUCAUUGGGGAACUUUGAAAAUUACUCAACAGUGACGGUAUCCAUCGAGUACAGUGGGUAGUUAUAUAUGAGGAUAUGGAAGAACUUGGGCUUUGAAAUUUCAGUUGAAUUGUUUCAGUAUCGGUAAAGAUUUAGAUUAAGUUUGACAAUAUAGAGAGGUACAGCAAUAUGAUUCAGAAUAUAUAUGCUCAGUAAAUGUAGACAGGCUUUGACAAGAUUUCAAUCAAAGCAGAUUUGUUUCAACAUGUCUGGUCACUCUGGUUAUACUUAGUUAUCCACUUGAUGAUUUCAAGUACCGGUAUAGUGUUGGGUGUUGAAAAUAGAUUCAUUCAAACAACCUACUUCUUGAUAUCAAGUGUGGUGUUCGGUUUUAGUGCUGGCAUUGGUGUUAAAAAUGUGCCACUGGGCUGGUCGUCUGAGCUCUGAAAUUGAUUGUGGAUGCAUCGCAUGGAAAUGUAUGCCUGGUAACAUAAUGAUGCACGUUUGAGAUCAUCUGGGCCCACUCUGAUAAAGACAUGUGAUCGAUCUCAGCAGUAUCACCUUUGGAAACCCAUAAUGCAUAAUUCUUCAUAUAGGAACUGUACACCCCAUUUCUGAAAGAAAGUGUAUUGUAGCACACUUGAUUGUUUGAGUAUCAUCGUCAUGUUUUGUAAGCUGU